AAAAAAAAAAUAAGAAGAGAACAAAGUGCAGAACAUGUAUAAGAUUCCCACAAGCCAAAGACACUACUAUAACAGAAGAGUUAGCAUCUCUCGAAGAACAAAAUAAAAUAAAAAAUCAAAACACAUAGAAAAAUGGCAGGAUUGUUUGAUAAACAAGCUGAUCUAUACCUAGACGCCAGACCUAAUUACCCAUCGGAAUGGUUCUCAAAGCUCGCCAGCCUCACCGAUCACCACCGUUUAGCCUGGGAUGCCGCCACCGGAAACGGCCAAGCAGCUCUCGCCGUCGCAGAUCACUACGAGAGAGUCAUCGCGACGGACGUGAGCGAGUCGCAGCUGAAGUUCGCGACGCCGCAUCCGAGGAUCGACUACCGCCACACGCCGUCUUCGAUGACCGACGACGAGCUGGUGGAGCUAAUCGGAGGCGAUAGCUCGGUGGAUCUGAUCACGGUCGCUCAAGGCGUGCACUGGCUCGAUCUCGCGAGAUUCUACGCCGUCGCGACGCGCGUCCUCCGUAAACCCGGCGGGAUCAUCGCCGUGUGGGGAUACAACGACGUCGCGGUGUCGCCGGAGUUCGACGCGGUGCAGUAUCGGUUCCACGCCGAGACGCUGCCGUACUGGAAGUAUCCGGAGAUUCAGCACGUGUUCGAUGCGUACGAGGCGUUGCCGUUUCCUUUCGAGAGCGUGGGGAUGGGAGCGGAAGGGAGGCCGUUGAAGCUGGAGAUGGCUAAGACGACGUCGUUUGGAGGGAUCGUGAGGAUGUUUAAGUCGUGGUCGGCUUUGGUCACGGCGAAAGAGAAGGGUGUUGAUUUGUUGCCGGAGAGUUUGGUUAGUGAGCUUGAGAGUGCUUGGGGAGGAGCUGAGGUUAUUCGUACCGUUGUGUACAAAGCGUUUAUGAUUGUUGGAAAAGUUAGCGUUUGAAUCAUCAAAACGUUUUAAAUUGCGUUUUGCUUCCAUAAUAAAAAACAUUUUUGAAACAACACACACAAGAAUGAAAUGAAAAUCU